CGACGACUUCAAAUAAAAUUCCACUUCGUCCGCAACUUAAGAGGACCUAAACCAAGAACUAACAGGUCUUCAGUUGGGCUCAACUCGGGGACUUCUACGUGCGCAAUGACGCAUUUAGUGGUUGCUGCUCACGAUAUUAAGACUGAAACGAUGCAGAGACUUCACGUGCAUUUGAUGUGAAUUGUUUGAACUAGUCACCCCAUCUCUGAAGGCACCAUGGAGAACUGUGGCCUGCGUUCACUCUGCACACCUUUGAUGAGGGAUAGCUUCUAUAAGGUCUCCGUGUGUUUUAAAAGAACUUCUUACUUUUCUAACGACUCUUAGGAAAUGCUUUACUUUAUUCAAACCCCUCGCUAUCACUCGAGAAAGGUUUCCAGUAACAGUUAGACAUGCAGAGACGCGGUGUGGUGAGAAGCUCGGCCGGUUUAUCCACGGUGCGCUCCUGCUUGCUGCUGCUCCUCAUCCAUGUAAGCGCACCGGUGGAGGCGAAGAGAGCGCCCGGCGGUCGGGCGCAAACUCGGCGUGUGCAGCAGCAGCAGCCGCAGCCUUCAGCGAACAGGGAGCGGGUUGAAGCAGAGAGCUUCCCGUUAGACUUUACAGCCGUGGAGGGUAACAUGGACAGCUUUAUGGUGCAGAUAAAGAACUUGGCGCAGUCACUCUACCCAUGCUCUGCGCAGAAGCUGGAUCACGAUAUGAAGUUGCGCUUUCUGAAGAAUGUAUCUGUGACUUGCAAUGACGGGUCACCUGCAGGGUACUACAUCAAGGAGUCCAAAGGCAGCAAGAGGUGGCUGCUUUUCUUAGAAGGUGGAUGGUACUGUUUCAACAGGCAGACCUGUGACAGCAGGUAUGAGACAAUGAGGAGACUGAUGAGCUCCACCAAGUGGCCACAAACCAGAACAGGCACAGGAAUCCUGUCCCCUCAGCCAGAGGAAAACCCUCACUGGUGGAACGCCAACAUGGUGUUCAUCCCGUACUGCUCCAGUGAUGUAUGGAGCGGAGCCACGCCGAAGACGGAUCACAGUGAUUACGCGUUCAUGGGCUCUCUGAUCAUUAAGGAGGUGGUGAAUGAGCUGCUGACAAAAGGUCUCGACAAGGCAAAGGUUCUGCUUCUGGCAGGCAGCAGCGCUGGCGGUACAGGAGUCCUGCUGAACGUGGACCAGGUCGCAGAGCAGCUGGAGUCACAGGGCCACCGAGGGGUGCAGGUCAGAGGUCUGGCUGAUUCCGGAUGGUUUCUGGACAACAAGCAGUACAAAUUCACAGACUGCCUGGAUACCAUCAGCUGUGCCCCCACUGAGGCCAUAAAGAGAGGCAUCAGGUACUGGGGCGGUUUGGUGCCAGAGAGUUGCAGACAGGCUCAUGUGGGAGAGGAGUGGAAUUGUUUCUUUGGAUAUAAAGUCUACCCCACGUUAAAGAGCCCAGUGUUUGUGGUGCAGUGGCUGUUUGAUGAAGCCCAGCUGACGGUCGACAACAUCCACCUGACUGGACAGCCCGUCCAUGAGGGCCAGUGGAGGUACAUACAGAACUUGGGACAAGAGCUGAGGAGCACACUGCAAGACGUACCGGCGAUGUUUGCUCCGGCCUGUCUUUCACAUGAACUCAUUACUAGAACCCACUGGAUGGACAUUCAGGUCAAAGGCACUUCCCUGCCCAGAGCUCUCCACUGCUGGGACCGCAGUCUCCAGGACAACAACCACAUCAAUAGCAGCCACAGCAGCCACAACCGCCAAAAGCACAGGACCCCACCCAUGAGGGGCUGUCCUCUACAUUUGAUUGACAGCUGCCCCUGGCCUCACUGCAACCCAUCCUGCCCAACAAUUCGUGAUCAGCUGACGGGACAGGAGAUGAGUGUGAUCCAGUUCCUGAAGCACAUGGGCUUUGAUGUCCAGAAGAUUGCCCAGCAGCAGGGGAUGGACCCCAGGACACUACUGGGCAUGCUCAAUAAUGGCAACUGAGUUGCUUUUCUUUUAAGUACAGCGACAGUGAGCUACUCAGCAAAUUGAAGGAAGACAGUCAGAACAUGAACUCAAACGAGAGAACUGCUUCCAGACAUUGUUGUCCAUUGACAACAAACAACAAAAACCGAACGACUCAAACACUCACAAGUGCCUGAUGAGUUUUGAAGACAGAGUGAAAUACAAUCAAACCUGAAUGUUUGAGCUCUUUAGACAUAUGGGAUGACAUGCUCCUUGUUUAAACAUAUAGACACAUAUAUGCUGUAGAUAUGCUAUUCGUGAGGUGUACACAAAUAUGACGACAGGUGGAUACAGUGUGUAUAUAUACAGUAAAUAUGUAUUGUGCAUUAUGUGUGUGCAGUGGAGACUGUCGAGGUGGUGAUCUAAGGUAGCUCUGAUGGGUUAGCACAUGAUUUGAAAUAGCUCCCGGUUUGUUUAGUGGGGACUUGGUGCUCUCUUCUGUCAGGCCAGACUAUUACAAUCAGAAAUCCAUCUAUGGUGCUGCUGUCUCUACCCUCCACCAAAUAUGCUGCUUUCUCUCAUUUUGGAAAAAUAAUAAUUUAAAGGGUAAUAUUUACUAAUAAAAAGGUACAAAGACUAAAAUUAUUACUUUGUUCUUCAGGCUUGUAUAUUUAUUUUUCUACUGAAAAUGUCUUUAGUAUGUCCUGUAGUCAAAAAAAAUACAGUUAACCACUGCAACAGUGUUUUCAUACAUUUCACCUUUUUAUUUACAUGUCUGUGGAGAAAAAAAAUAUGUGCGUGUGUUGUUUUUCAGGCUGCUGAGUUUGUAACAAAUAUUUCAUGUGAUGUAGUAGUACCCACUCCUUACAUAAACACUAAUAAACACAAGCUGAUAUGAUAAAA